AUGGAGCUGAUUGGAAGGUUCCCAAACGACGGAGAUCGCCACGACAUGCUGGAACUCGGGACGCUUACUGGGAAAGAUGCUGGACUCGCUGAAGUGAAGGUGAUUUGGAAGAAGAGCUAUGAACGCCGACUUGUGUUUUACUUUGAUAACCCGCCUGAGUUGUGGGAUUUGUGGACGGAGGUGAGACAUCAUCCUCGGUUGCGGAAUGCGCGAUUCUUUCUCGGAUCGAAUGACUUCGACGAAGAGCUUGGGCUGGAAGAUGGAGGCGGAGUACCCGGCACUCACAUCGCGGAUGACUCUGCCAUGCUUAUGGAUGUCCAACCAGGCUACAGGGACGACUGGUUCAUGGCACUGCUGCCGCAUUCCGAUCACGGUGAAAAGAUCGAGAAAGUCACAAGCAACAUCAUGGAAGGCAAGCUUUUUGACAUCAAAUGGGACGGAUACAUUCUACAGCAAGGCCGAGAGAGGCUCGCAGUUCAUCGCGGCAAGGCCAAGUAUCCAAGUCUCUCAAGUCCUAAUCAUUGGUCUGAAUAUAUGGACCGCAACGGCUGGGAUCCUGCUGUGUACCCGGAAUAUAUCAGUCCGAAUUCGAGAUUCUUCGACGACUGCGUCAGCGUGGGACUGAGUCAGAGUGAGGACGAAAGUGAAGGCGAGAGUGAGGAGGAUAGCGAUGGCGAGAUUGAGUUGGAAGAGGACGAGUCUGAAGGUGAAGGUCAGGAUGACCUGAUUGAGGAGGACGACGACUCGGGCCCGUGA